UUUGUUCCCUUCUUCCUCUUUCUCCCUCCUCCUUUCUUCCUCCCUGUCCCAUGAUGCAUUGUACCUCGGCAAGCUGAUGCCAUAUAAAAAAAAACAACGGGUUGUUACGCUGCCCAUUCUUUUGAUGGCAGAAGGGUGGGCAGAACCUGGCACCAUUUGGAGAGGAAAAACUCCAGCCUUCCGACAGUAGCCUCCUGGGCAUGUAUUGUCUGACCUACUCCAUCCCCUUCCUGGUAUCCCUGAGCCUCCUGCAGUCAGAGGGGACAAGGCGGGCAUCCAAAAAACCCGAGCGGGUCCUAAUCCCGAAGGGAACCAAGAAUCACCCACCCAAGGGGCUGUCCAUGCCGUCAAUAACAAUCCAACAUAUCCCCCAUUUCCCGAAGGAAUGCAAAUGGCAAUAUUUGGCAUGGGAUGUUUCUGGGGAGCAGAAAAAAUGUUUUGGAAACUGUCGGGGGUCUUCUCCACACAGGUGGGAUUCUCAGGAGGCUUCACCCCCAAUCCUACCUACCAAGAAGUCCUCAGCGGGAUGACCGGACAUGCAGAGGUGGUCCGUGUAGUGUUUGACCCACAGAAGAUCAGCUAUGAAAAGCUCCUCCGAUUCUUCUGGGAGAACCACGAUCCAACCCAAGGAAUGAAGCAGUACGAAGACUUUGGCACACAGUAUCGUUCGGCCAUCUAUACUAUCGGAGCAGAACAACUGGAAUCUGCUUUAAGAUCCAAGGCAAUGUAUGAGCAGGAGUUGGCUAAGAAGCAAGUGGGACCAAUAACGACUGAGAUUCAGCCAGCCGGUGAAUUCUACUACGCCGAAGAUUACCACCAGCAAUAUCUGCACAAAAACCCGGAUGGUUUUUGCGGCCUGCAAGGCACUGGUGUGGCCUGCCCCGUAGGCAAAUGAGAGUUCCCCAAUGGGAGUAUCCUUGGGAGCCACGGUAAUCAUAACCCUUGAACGGUUACCAUGGCAACCGGCGGCCUAGCAUCUUCGUAAUUCAACUGUGAUUUAGCAACGGGGGCCUUUGUUCCUUUCUUUUGUGUCUUGUAGGACCCGCUAAGGUUUGGGGAUCAGGGUAAAAAUGGGCAGCCUGCUGGACGAAUUUGCUGCGAAUGUUAAUGCUUUGUGUGGGAGUGAUAGAUAUAAUUUCCAUCCAACCGCAGAUGUUUGGGAUCGCCUGGCAAGGCGCUGAUAAAUACACAUUAUGCAUUUAUCCCUUUCCUCAUUUCUCUACCAUCCCCAAGAAAGCUGAUGGAGCCAGCUCUGACUCCUCCAUCUUUGCAGUGAAUUUGGUUAUCCAGCACAGGUUGUCCUCAGCUUACAAACACACUGGGGACCAGGAUAUCCAUUGGUUAAGCAAGGCGGUUGCUAAGUGAAUCAUGCCUGAUUUUACAAUCUUUUGCUGUGGUUGUUAAGCAAAACGCUGCAAUUAACUGAAUCGUUAAGAGAAUUCAGCUUCUACUUCUAUUAACUUAGUUUGUUGGAAGCUGGAUGGGAAGGUCCCAUCACACACCCUGGGACGCUGCAACCAUCUUAUUAUACAAUAGUGGCCAGAAUUGUGGAAACCUUUUGGGAAAAGUGUAUUUUCUAAAACUAGCUAAUAACACCACAUUUUUGGGGGGAGUAGUACCAUAAAAUUAUAUAUCAAUGGAAAGAUAAUUUAAUCAAGAAUGCAAUGCAUUAACUUUUAUGAAGGAUUUGCUAUUAGAAUAGCAGUUACAGUAUAAAGAAGAAAAGUGAAACACGUAGAAAAAACAAGAUAUACAAAAAUUAUCACCAUAGAAAAAAUGAGAUAUACAAAAAUUAUCACCAAGUCAGUUAAUACUUAGUUGGGUAACCUUUAGCAACGUCUUCCCAUGGAGUGAACCAAGUCUUUUAGUUCUGCAGCUGUUAUAAUGUGAAACCAAGAUUGAACGAUUGCUUCUAUUAACUGGGUUUUAUUGCUGGGUCGCUUCUGACUAACAAGUUGUAACAGGUUUCAUAGAUUUUCAAUUGGGUUAAGGACUCUGGGCUAUUCCCAGGCCAUUUCAGCAGUGGAAUAUGAUUAUCUUGAAACUCCAAAAAAAAAAAAAAAAAGUGGUGUUCUUAACCAUCAAACCUCAAAAAUACACUUUUCCCAAAAGGUUUCCACAAUUUUGGCCACUACUGUAUACCUGUCAGUUGCCAAGCUUUUGAUCUCAUGACCAUAGGGAUGCUGCAAGAGUUGUAAAUACAAAUACUAAUUAUAAGUCACCUUUUCAGCGCCUUUGUAAUUUUAACUGGUCACUAAACAAAUGGUUGUAAGUCAAGGACUACUGUAUUGGUGCAAACCCACUUCCCUUUCUUGCCCUCUCUUUGGAGCUUAGAGAAAGAAAACUCUGCAGACAAGAACUUUGCUCUUUUGAUCUCGUGAAGGAUUCUAUAUCUGGCGCUUGUAGUGAAAAUCCAGCUUUCACGCUAUCCUGAAUCUAUCUCGGCCCAACAGAUCUUUUGAUACUAAAUUCCUCUACACAGUGCUUAUGAGCUGAACAGAUCUGAAAGCACCCCUUUUGGAGUGGGACAAUUUCCCCAUCUCUCUUCAUUUUUAUUUUUAUUUUUACAAAAUGCAUUCAAAUGUCAUUUUCCUUUUUUAGUUGUAUUCGCUUGCCUUUCAGGAAAUGAGAAGUUUUGUGUCCCGCAAGGGGCAAUUCUUUCAGACAACUGGCAAUUAUAAAGAAUUGGCCAUUCUCUGUCUGGAGGAAAGCCUUCCUUCGGUGGAGCCAUGGUGGCAUGGUGGUUAAAAUGCAGUAUUGCAGGCUAGUUCAGCUCACUGCCAGGAGUUCGAUCCUGACUGACUCAAGGCUGACUCAGCCUUCAUUCCUUCCGAGGUGGGUAAAAUGAGGACCCAGAUUGUUGGGGCUAUAGGCUGACUCUAUAAACCACUUAGAGAGGGUCGUAAAGCACUGUGAAGCGGUAUAUAAGUCUAAGUGCUAUUGCUAUUCUGUAAGCCAUUUGGCCAAAAUUCCCACAAAGUGCCUAACUGCCCCCCUGCCAAAUUUUGGAUGCUUAUUCUGGUGUUUUAUUCAAGCUACAGAACACUCCUGUCCACUCCACAGGAUGCCAUGUCCCUCUCUUCUAAAGUGCCUUAUAAAGUUAGGGUACCCUCCAACUGUCUGAAAUUUCCUAGUCAGCCAUGCCAAUGCUAAGAAUUCUGGGUGUUGGCCCACAUUUCUGGAGAAUACUCAUUCUUUCUAGCCAGCAGACCAAGCCAUAUAAUAGCAGUGAUGGCGAUCCUUUUCACCACUGAGUGCCCAAACCAGAAUGUGCAUGCAUGUGUGUUCAUGUGCAUACCAGUUGGGUUUCAAUUUCAUUUGCUACCAGUUCGCUCGUGGGUGCGUGCGUGCUCGCGCUUGUGAUGCUUCUGCGCAUGCACAGAGACGUCCAGGCGGGUGGGCUGCUGCCACUACCAGUUCACCCGAUACGGAGCGAACCGGUAGCAACCUACCACUGGUGUGCACGCCAGAGCGCUGGAAGCCCGAAGACCAGCUGCCUGGUGCGUGCGUGCCUGGUUUUUGGAUAUUUUUUGGGCUGUUUUGAGGCCGUUUUUGGCCUGAAAAUGGCCCAAAAAAGGGCCUGUUUUUUGGCUGUUUUUGGCCAGUUUUCGGGCUAUUUUCCAGUGCUCCAGCACCUGCAAAGACCAGCUGGCUGGCACACAUGUGUGCAUCGGAAACCAGAAGAGCACCUGGCGAUGAUGCGCGUGCCCACCCGUGCCAUAGGUUCACCAUCAAGGCCAUAUAGCCUAUUCCACAGCUAGGAACUUCUGAUUAGCUCUCUUAUUUUUAAUGAAUGUAUUUUUUAUGUACACUGAGAGCUUAUGCACCAAAGACUUCCUUGUGUUCCUUGUGUGUCCAAUCACACUUGGCCAAUAAGGAAUAAUAAAUAAAUAAGUAAAUAAAUAAAUAAAUAAAUGGUCAUGGAUGCCGCUAUGUCUACAGGAAUCCACUGGAGUUGGGCGACCAAUAAAUGAAAUAAAUAGGCGUAUUUCAGUGUGAAUACCAGGUUGUGUCCCAAAAUUAUUACUCCGGUGGAAAGAACAUGCCAUUUGCCUCUUCACAUCGUGCCAGUAGUGGACACCACCACCUAGUACAGAGAUGAUGCUCUCCAUGCAAAGCACCUGUUCUAUACUGUACUUCAUCUGUUAGGCAGAAACAUAUUUUGCACAAAGUCCUUUCCUUCCUUUCAAUGCAGGAAACCACAUCAUUUCACAAAACUGCUUCGAAACAGUGCCAUUCUGGUGAAGUUGAAUUUGGAAGUUAAGCAUCCUUUUAAAGCAGAACCUGGUCAUUUUAUAGCCCUCAAGCCACAUUCAGCCCUCUGGCUGUCCCUAUCCAGCCUGCGUGGAUUGCUUUUAUUUUGAAAGCAAUUGCCUUCAAAACUAAUGUCAUGUACAUAGGUGCACACAUGCCUACACACCUUCACAGUCUGAUUGGUUCGGCCUUUCACACAACCCCAGUUUUUCACGUGGCCCCUUGGGAAAAUGAAUUGCCCACCUCUGCUUUGAAGAGAUGCAGAGCCUUGGUGUGGUGGAAUGUGCUCUGGAUUCCCAGGAGGGAGGGGCUGCAUUCCAGAGCAGCAAAAGACAACACAAUUCAGAUGUGUGGGAGAAAGAGAGUAAAACAGCUCCUUUGUAAGUGUUCUCAGAGUAUAUUUAAUAGCUGCUUCAAUUUGGCAAGGUUUCUGCCAAUAAGUGAAGAACCGUAAAGGAAAACGCUUAGAAAAACCUCAACAUGUUUUUCUUGGUUUUGGGAUCUGGACACCUGUCAAUUACUCUCUCUCUAUUUUAUCCAAUUCCAGUACUUCGUGUUAGGACAAUAAAAUAGCCUUGUUCCCAAGCCUGAA